CCUUUCUUGUGAAACUCCAUAAAUUGUUUUAUCUCCAUGCCCUAGUCUCUCUCUCUCUCUCUUUCUCCCUUCUGUUUACACCACUACCUUGAUAACAGCUCAAAGGGAGCUCUAUCUUUGAAGUGUUUAUGUGAUAAUGGGAAUUCAGAAGCCUGCAUGGUUGGAAGCCCUCUACACACAAAAAUUCUUUGCUGGGUGCUCCUAUCAUGAAACAGCAAAGAAGAAUGAGAAAAACAUUUUCUGUUUGGAUUGUUGUACAAGUAUUUGCCCCCACUGUUUGCCUUCACAUCGAUUCCACAGGCUUCUUCAGAUUCGUCGAUAUGUAUAUCAUGAUGUUGUUCGGCUUGAAGAUCUUCAGAAGCUCAUAGACUGCUCUAAUGUUCAGGGUUAUACAAUCAAUGGUGCCAAAGUGGUGUUUAUCAAGAAGAGACCUCAAAACAGGCAAUUCAAGGGUGCUGGAAACUAUUGCACUUCCUGUGACAGAAGCCUCCAAGAACCAUUUUUUCAUUGCUCUCUAGGGUGCAAGGUUGAUUUUGUGCUGAAGCACUAUAAGGACCUUUCUCCAUUCCUAAAGGCUUGCAACACUUUACAACUAAGUCCUGACUUCUUAAUGCCACAAGACAUGGGAGACGACGAGAUGACGAAUGAGACACCUCAUUCUACAAUUGUGGACUGUGAUGAGCCAAUGAGCUCGUCCUCAGGCUCAUCAGGGUCUGAGAACAUGAGUGUGGCAUGCACUCAGAUUGUCCGAAAGAAGAGAAGUGGGCUAUAUGUGUGUGCAAGAUCAGCUAAUAGGGUUUCUAAUAAUGAAGACAUGGCUACAAGCAUGAGUAGAAGAAAGGGCAUCCCUCAUAGAUCUCCUAUGUGUUAAUUAGCAACAAAACACUGCUAUUAGCCUAUUACUACUACUACUACUACAAUUUUAAUUUUGAUAAUUUGACUGAAUCCUACAAAUGCUUAUUGUC